GGAUGAGGAGCUUUACGACACUUCUCCAUUUCCGGCAUAAACACAUGGACGACCGAGCAAGGAAAACAUAAGAGGUCAAAAGUUAUGGUACUGAUCUUCAGCAGAAACAAUACAUAACACAGAGUCAUGGCCAGCUCCAUGGUGGCGGCGGGUCUGGCUCUGGCAGCAGCUGGAUUUGCAGGUCGCUAUGCCAUGCAGGCCAUGAAGCAGAUGGAGCCUCAGGUGAAACAGGCUCUUCAGAGCUUCCCCGUGUCGGCUUUUGGAGGCGGGUACUAUAGGGGCGGGUUUGAACCGAAGAUGACGAAGAGGGAAGCUGCUCUUGUUUUAGGUGUCAGUCCCACAGCCAACAGAAAUAAGAUCAGAGAAGCCCAUAGAAAACUCAUGAUCUUGAACCAUCCAGACAGAGGUGGAUCCCCCUACCUAGCAGCAAAAAUAAAUGAAGCAAAGGAUCUGAUGGAUGGCCAGGUCAAGAAAUAGAAGUGAAGAUGCUGAAACGAGUAAUUUCACACUGCUCUUACUCAUGUUGUUGCACUGACUGACUGACUUGAACGAGUACCAAAUUCUCCCCCUCCCCAUAUUUGGAUUAACUGAGGAAAAACAUUUUGUCAAGCCCGUCUCCGAACGUGUUUUCACAUGUACGGCUAACGUUUCUAUCCACCUUUUAUACUCGAACUGUGGAUGCUUCAUGUGAGCUUUUGUUGUACGGAUUAAGACCCAUAAAAGGUGAAUCUGUCCUUUAUUAAUAGUGGCCUUGAUGCAACAGUCGACUGUUAGUGUCAUGAUUAAUGCAUAAGAAGUCUGAUAUCACUGAGAUGAAAUUGUGCUGGAAUGUUUUCCUGUGAAUCCUUUAUGUAUAAAUAAGCAAUUUGACUCUGGACCUGAAGAUAAUUAGGGACUGUAAUGUCAUUAUAUCCAUUGUACAAAUUAGGGUUGAAGAACAUUCACUCUUGGAUUAAAAAUAAAAACAUUCUGCAACCAGCAUCAUGUCUUUGCAGCGUUUGUACAACUGACGUGAGGUUACUGUUGUAAGUGAGUCAAACAUAGUUGUGUUUUAGAUCUACAUGGAAGAUCGAGUUUAUUUAAGAACUACCUGCAUACAAAACAUAUUGCACAUCAACCAACCAGACGAUCCUUUUAAAAAAAAAAAAAAAAAAAAAAACAUUAUACUGUAGUUGACCCAACGAAAACACUUGGGAUGUCGCAACUCUCAGUAGUCCAAAUUGUCUUCCGGGUAUCGAGUGUUUUAGUGUCAAGAAAAAAAAGAAGAAGAGCUUGUUUUGUUUUUGUUUGUUUUUUUAAAUACUGUACAUUUUUUU